AUGCCACAACCGCUCAGCACACGGGAUGCCAACCUGUUUCGCCAGGUCAUCCGCAACUAUGAGGAGAAGCAGUACAAGCGGGGCCUCAAGGCCGCCGACCAGAUCCUCAAGAAGAACCCGCGCCACGGCGACACCAUGGCCAUGAAGGCGCUGAUUCUCAACGGCCAGGGCAAGACGGACGAGGCCUUUGCGCUCGGCAAGGAGGCCUUGACGGUCGACAUGAAGUCGCACAUCUGCUGGCACGUGUACGGCUUGCUGUACCGCGCCAACAAGAACUUUGAGGAGGCCAUCAAGGCGUACAAGUUUGCGCUGCGCCUCGAGCCCGAAAGUCCCCAGAUCCAGCGCGAUCUCGCCAUCCUGCAGAUCCAGAUGCGCGACUACGCCGGCUACGUGCAGAGCCGCCACGCCAUGCUGCAGGCCCGCCCGCAGCCGCGCCAGAACUGGACCGCGCUCGCCAUUGCCCACCACCUGGACGGCAACCUCGCCGAGGCCGAGCGGAUCCUGACGACGUACGAGGAGACGCUCAAGAACCCGCCGCCCAAGUCCGACAUUGAGCACUCCGAGGCCAUCCUGUACAAGAACCGCAUCAUUGCCGAGACGGGCGACAUCCAGCGCGCGCUGGACCACCUCGAGGCGGAUUCGGUCGCAAACAGCCUCGACCGUCUCAGCGUGCUGGAGCGCCGCGCCGAGUACCUGACGGCCCUGGGCCGCAGCGAGGACGCGGCCGCUGCCUGGCGCCUGCUCAUCGACCGCAACCCCGACCACCCGGCCUACUACCACAGCCUUGUCAAGGCGCUGGGCCUGGACGCCGAGGGCGCUGAUGUGGCCGCCCGUCUGGCCGUCUAUGACGAGUACGCUGCCAAGCACCCGCGCGGCGACUCGGCAAAGCGGCUGCCGCUGGACUUUUUGUCGGGUGAUCUCUUCAAGGAGCGCGCACGAAAGUACCUUUUCCCGAUGCUCGAUCGCGGCAUUCCGUCGCUGUUUGCCAACCUGAAGCACCUGUACACCGAUGACGCCAAGAAGGUCAUUCUGCCCGCUCUUGUCGAAGAAUACCUUGCCUCCUCCCAGACCUCCUCCGCACAACAAAACGGCGACGCCAAGACGGACUCGUCCAAGGGCGAGGGAGCGGCGCUCUACUUCUUGGCACAGCACUACAACUACCACCUCACGCGCGACCUCGCCAAGGCGGACGAAUACUGCGACAAGGCGAUUGCGCUGGACGACAAGAGCGUGGACUUUCAGAUGACCAAGGCGCGGAUAUGGAAGCACAAGGGCGACCUGCAAAAGGCCUCGGAGGCCAUGGACAAGGCCCGCAGCCUCGACACGCACGACCGCUACAUCAACAGCAAGGCAGCCAAGUACCAGCUGCGCAACAACGAGAACGAGGCGGCGCUCAAGACGGUGGCACUCUUCACGCGGCCCGACUCGGCGGCCGACCCGCUGUCGGACCUGCUCGACAUGCAGUGCAUCUGGUUCCUGACCGAGGACGGCGAGGCGUUUGCGCGCCGCGGCAACAUCGGCAUGGCCCUGAAGCGCUUCCACGCGAUUGCCAACAUCUUUGACAUUUGGCAGGAGGACCAGUUCGACUUCCACUCCUUCUCGCUGCGCAAGGGCAUGAUCCGCGCCUACAUUGACCUUGUGCGCUGGGAGGACCGGAUACGCGAACACCCCUUCUUCACGCGCGCCGCGCUCGACGCCGCCCGCCUGUACGUGAGCAUGUACGACAGCGCCCAAACUGCAUCCACCAACGGGUCUGCGGCUGGCGCGACGGGCGGUGCUGCGGACGGCGGCGCCGCCGCCGCCGCCACCAACGGCACCAACGGCACGUCGGCCGCCGACGCGGCGGCCGAGAAGAAGAAGGCCGCCAAGAAGGCCAAGAAGGAGGCGCUCAAGGCCGAGCGCGAGGCCGCCGAGAAGGCGGCCAAGCAGGACCCCAACAAGGGCAAGUCGGCGGCGGCGGCGGCGGUCGAUGCCGAGGGCGCGGCCAAGAAGAAGGACGAGGACCCGCUGGGCCUGAAGCUCGCGGCGACGGCCGACCCGCUCGGCGAGGCCACCAAAUUCAUUGCGCCCGUGCUGCAGUUCAGCCCCAAGGACCUGGACGGCCAGAUGGUCGGCUUCGAGAUUUACCGGCGGCGCGGCAAGUUUUUGCUGGCGCUGCGCUGCCUCAAGGCGGCACAAGCCCUCGCGCCCGAGAACGCGCAGGUGCAGGAACAAGCCAAGGCGCUGCGGGCGGCCCUGACGGCGGCCGAUGUGGCGACGCUGCCGGCCAAGGUGCAAGAGGUGCUGGCAGCGGAGUUCCCGUAA